UCCAGAUACCCUCUCUAACUCAUCACUGAUCAGUUUUCUCAUUAGGCGCGGCGAGGGGAUCCUAUGCUUAGAGCAAAGGUGUUGAGUUUAUACCGCGACCUUUUACGGUACUCCAAGGGAUUGGUAUACACGGAUCAAAAGUACUUCGUUGCUAGAGUGCGCGAGGAAUUUCUAAAGAAUAAGAGCAAUUCUCCUAAAGCUGCUGAGAGCAAUUAUAAUAGAGGGCGGAAACUCCUAGCGCUGAAGCGAUUCAUCUGAUAAGAUGGUCUGUAUACUUGGCAUCGAGGGUUCUGCGAAUAAGAUUGGGGUUGGCAUAGUUCGAGAUGGUGAGGUUCUGUCAAAUCCUCGUGCCACAUUCCAUGCCCCACCAGGAGAAGGCUUUCGACCUAGCGAAACAGCGCAACAUCAUCGUCAACAGAUACUAAAAAUCCUGACGCAAGCUCUAAGUGACGCCAAGAUCAAAGAGCCAGAAAAAGAAAUUGAUGCUAUUGCAUUUACGAAAGGCCCAGGCAUGGGAGCCCCUUUACAGGUUGGCGCUAUAGUCGCUCGCACACUGUCGCUGACCUGGUCAGUACCACUCGUUCCCGUUAAUCACUGCAUUGGUCAUAUAGAAAUGGGACGACUUAUCACGGGUGCGCAUAACCCUGUGGUGUUGUAUGUUAGUGGCGGGAACACGCAGGUGAUUUCCUAUUCGCACAAUAAAUAUCGUGUAUUUGGUGAAACAAUUGAUAUCGCUGUAGGUAACUGUUUGGACAGAUUUGCUCGGGUCGUCAGGUUACCGAAUGAUCCUAGCCCAGGAUAUAAUAUCGAGCAAGCAGCUAAGAAAGGAAGUCGGUUGCUAGAACUACCGUACAAUGUCAAAGGCAUGGAUGUUGCAUUUUCUGGGAUAUUAUCUUUAAUCGAGAGCAAAGCUGCAAAACUAAUAGCCAGUGGUGAAUAUACUGUGGAAGACCUGUGUUUUUCCCUUCAGGAAACCGUCUUUGCAAUGCUAGUGGAAAUUACUGAGCGUGCUAUGGCACAUACAGGAAGUACAGAACUGCUCAUUGUCGGAGGUGUUGGCUGCAACAAGAGGCUUCAGGAAAUGGCGGAAUGCAUGUGUGCCGAGCGUGGAGCGUACCUAUUUGCUACUGAUGAACGUUUUUGUAUUGAUAAUGGUGCAAUGAUAGCGCAAGCAGGUUAUCUGAUGCAUAAAGCAGGGUUGAGUUGUGAGCUUGAGAAAUCCACGAUAACGCAACGGUACCGCACUGACCAAGUAAAUGUUUGCUGGAGAACAGAAUGAUGUGUGCAGAAACAUUUGUUAAUUUGUUGACGCUGUAUUUGAGCUGUUAUUUUUUGGUUGAUAAAAUCGUAGUAUAUGAUAAUUAUGGACACACCUUGUUCUUGCAUGCUGGAAGCUCUUAACUGCUACCAUUCGUUGGGAAUUAAUUUUUUUUACGCAUCAAAAAAU